AUGUACAAAUCAGUUCCUAAACCUGAAGAUAGUGACUGUGUUAAUGAAGGUCUUGAAUCACAGAUCUCAUGCAAUACAAGUUCAUGCAACACCUAUAAUGGAUGUGGGCUUGAGACCUUAGCAUCUAAUGGUGAGAGCCAACAAAUCAUUGAACUUCCUGAAAAUUCUUCAGGAUCACCUGUUGCAUUCAAUGUAACAAUAUCCAAUUCAGGGACAACUGUUAGAAAGUCUGAUUGUUCAGCUGAAGAGAAAAGAAAGAGGAAACCUAUUGAAACAGGCAGUUCAGAAUUACAAUUAAAGGUGUCAGAUCUUCAAAGACGUGUUCUGCUUGAGGAUUUAGAGAGAAUUAAGGAACAGAGGGAAUUGAUUAAGCUCCAGAAGACAAAAGUGGAUCUUGAAAUCAAGAAGCUUAAAAUGGACAUUGCUAAUCAUGAACCUAGCAAUAUAAAUGAACCCUAAAUUUUUAGCACACAUGAGCCAAAGUCAGUGCUUUUUCUAAUCAUACUUUGUUGUUGUCAUCGUUGUCAUUCUAAACUUUCCAAUUUUUUACCCUAUAUUAAAAAAAAUUCAGAAUUAUUAGAAUUAUAAAAAACAAAUGAGGACCCUUGGGUUGGAUGGGGUCACAGUGGGGAAUCAAAUAUUUAUGUAGGAAUAAGAAAGGGGGGCUUUUAAAAUCUUCUCAUACGAAUAGUGAACCAUUAAUGAUUUUUAUGUAAGCCCUCCUAUGAAGAAGGGAGGGUAUAUUGUUUUUCUGCUGUCUGUCGGUUGGUCUGUCGGUCCACUUAGUUUCCGUUCCAAGUUUGUUUAAAUCAUUUUCUCCUGGGGUAGGAUGAGACUACAAUAGGGGAUCAGUGUUAAAUACAGAAGU